GUGCGGCGGUGGGGGCAAGCUGGACGCUAGCUAGGCUCAGUGAGACCUCGCACCCACGGCGCCCCCCCGCGCAACAUCAUGUCCACCAUCCCCAAGUGGUUCAAAGGGGCGCCCUUUGGGGUGCAGAGCCACAGGUUUGAUGUCUCCGCUGUCUAUCCCAACCAGAAGAAAUUCAGCACCUUCACAGAGGCCCCAUACUCCAGGCAUCAUUCCGUGGAACUGUCCCACAUAGGACCUGGGACCUAUAACUCCAAGGAUACCUGCUUCAGCAAGAAGUUCCUGGAACAGAAGUUGGGUUCAGGAUGGGCCCGGGCCCAAGAAGCCACUCGGCUGACCAAGCUGCCCCACUUCCGGUACCAGGCCAUCAAGAGGGAAAGAGAGCAGCAGGUGCACAAGCGGGGGCCUGGCUCCUAUAACAUCAAAGACUUCAUAACUGAGCUGCAGAAGAAACCACAGAGCAAACGGGGGCUGCUCAGCUCUGGGGAGACACGCUUCCGAGGUCUCAUCGGGAAUUAUUAUCCUGGCCCUGGAAAUUACGGAGAGAGGGGGAACCCAUACACACAGCUGGAGGAGAAGGCCUGGAACCGCUCGCAUUCCGACGGCCUUAUGUGUAGAGUGUCCAACAAGCCACCACCCUUGACUCAUCAGGGAAGUGGCCUGGGACCUGGGACCUACACCAUCAAAAGCGAUAUUGAGACCUUUGUGAAAAAAUCCACUGGUACUCGUGGCCCCUACGACAUUUUCUCUGGUGAACGGAGCAAUCCUGUGCCCUAUGGACAUUACUCUGUGCAGAAAAAGAAGCCCAAGGAGUUGACGAAUUACAAGAGCUUUGUGGAUGAACUGAACUCACAACACAAGAAGAAACAAGGGGUUUUCUCAAAAUAUCCCCGGGAUCCGAAACACCCCACAGAGAGAAUUUACUGGACAACCCUUAGUCAGUGCCCCAAAAAUAUGGAUAUAGCUGGCCCUGGUUCUUGGCUUCCUCACGAGACAGAACAGAAACAUGUCAACCCACCACCGUUCCUCCUGGCCUCCAAGCGGUCCGGCCUAAAGGCCUACCAGAUGAUUUUGGGAACCUGGAACCCAGUUGGGGUAGGCCGCUAUCUCAACACCACGCUCAUGGAGUCCAUAGACCGAAGGCAGCGAUACCGCUCUCUGUACAUGAGCGAACCCAAGCGCUACCUGCAGAACCUAACCCGAGACAGACUCCUGCAGGAACGGAUUACACCUUUUACAAAGGGCAAGUGCCCUCCAACUGUGAACUACAACUCAGAUCCUGCUCCUUAAAGCCGCUCGGGAAGAACAGCCUAAUGCAGCCAGAGAGC